CAUCCGCAUCAACAUGGAAAAGUCGGUCCGCACAGCAUACAAGAAGCUCAUCAAGCUGGCGCAGAGCCUUCCCGCCGACCAAAAACCAACAGCGCUGGACAAGAUUCGCCACGACUUUCGAUCCCGUGGAGUCAUCUCAACCGCAGAGGAGCUGGACAAGCUUGUGAUGAAGGCACAGUCAAAGAUUAGCUACUUGAAGAUUGUGACGCCCAAGCGCACGCCACAAUCUGGUCCCCAGCGCUUCAUUUACAAGGACGGCAAACGCCUGGACUCGCAAAGCCUCGACGACGGUGGAAACCGCACGAUCAAGACGACCGAUGUCAACGCAAUGAUGGAGCGACACGUCAAGUUGAUUCGCCGACAGCACUUUAUGGACCGAAAGUAGUAUAAGCAAGUUCCAAUUACGUCAUUUCCGCUUUGAGCACCGCCUGCACCAGCUUGGCCUCCUUCUUCACGCGAUCGUCGACACUAGUGACUUUUUGGUCAAUGCGGUCCACUUGCUCGGUCGUGCGCGCCGUGAUGUCGCUGAUGGUGUCGGCCGUCUGACCUAGCUUGGCGAGGAUCUUGGACAGUUGGUCCAGCUGAUCGUCCUCUGGCUGGGCCGCGGCAUGCUGUUGCUGCGGCGGUUGCAACUUGACCUGGUUUCCCGUGUUAGCAUUAAGUGACACAGUUACAACUUACUCUGGA